UGACAGAGAGGGAGCUCUAUCAUUAACUGGACGGUGCAUCAAGUGAAGCAAGACUGGAGGCAUCGUGCGCGAACAACCUACCAUGCUACGAGGUGAAGAGUACUAACUUGAGUGGCAGCUCCCUCAGCCAAUCACGGCUCGUCUAGCAGAGGUUCUUUAAGGCUUCUGCUAAUGGCCUUUGUGUGAGGGCGGGGACGACUACACUCGGUUUAGGCUGCUGAUUAGCAACAAACAGAAGGUUACGAGUUUAGAAAUUGGACAAUUUGACGGCCACACCGACUCUGCUGCUCCGAGAGCUGCACUAACUAUGUCGGGUAUUCCACUGGAGCGUGUGUGGUGGUUCGCGGAGAGGAACCUGUGGUGAAUUGCGACAUUUCGGGUUUUUGCGCGGACCUCGCUAUUAGGUCGUUCAAGUAGCGAUGCUGAGCUGAUAGCUGCGUCAUCAUGUUGCUUCCGACUCGAGUUGGCAAAAAGAAAUCUCAAGUUAACGCUAGCGGUGAGGCUGCCCGCCCGUCAUCCAGCACCGGAGGGCCACUCCCGACCCCUGAAACAGAUGGAAAGCAGGCUGCUGGGGAGCUGGUGAAGUGUGUUGCCCGGUAAAACUGGUGACUUCACAUCAGUUGGCGCGAUAGUCUGCUGGCUGCAUUAAUUAUCUACACUUGGGUGGACAGUUAAAACAUUUCUGUUGAUGUGGCUUGAUGGACGAAAUCACAAUUGUGUACUGAAAUGUGACAUCGUGUUAUCAGAGGAGGAAAAGCCUGGUGUAGUAUUUUGGGGAUGUACGCCUGAACUGUUUGUGUUAGUGUAAAGUGAUGCCUUCACUGACUGUCAGAUACAGGGUACAAAGCAGCUGCUGACUCCCAUCUAAUGGUGACUUUCUUCCUCUUACUUGAGAAAAACAAACAUUUUAAGUCAUAUUAGGAGAUCUUAUUGUUAAUUUUACCAACCAUUAGGAUAUUUUUAGGUAUUGAAGUGUCAGACUCUUUUUGGGGGGGGAGCAGGUGGUCUGUUGUUGUCUGCUGUCACCCUCUCCACGUGGAUUAGGUCAGUGGGUGAAGUUUUUUUUCUUAAAUUUUAUUUGUGAUUUGAUUUUGUUUUCUUAGCAAGACACCAUGAAAAAUAACACAUGCAGGGUGUUGCAGAUCUAAAGGAUCCACAGAUAGUCCUCAGAGGUCAGUGGGUUGAAGUUUGACUUGCUUUCUCCGCCAACUAAAGAGGGGGAUAAGGGAUUACUUCAUAGACUGACAGGACAUCCAGGAGCCUUGCCCUCCUCCCCUUCAUAGUCUGAAAAGUUACAUUUUUAGAUUAUAGAACCGGUUAAAAAUGGCUGGCGACUGCGCCCACACCAACACUCACUACUCGAGUGCAGAAACGUUUAGUCCGUCCAAGCCUUGGUCGAAUGGAGAUGGAGAUGGAGAGAUGGAUGCAGCCAGGAACUCUGGAGGGCGUGGACCCCCCGCACAGUGGUCGCCAAACUUUGAGGUGAUAGACGGGCUGCUGUACCGCAAGAAGCUGGAAAAGGGUUUCAUUAACUACAGGGAGGUUCUGGAUGAGGGCAGGAGACACGAGGCCCUCUCUACCUUCCACCGGAGGCGGGGGCUUGGCCAGCACCACCUCUCCUUGGAGGAGACUUACAAAUGCGUGGCUGAAAACUACUGGUGGGAGGGGAUGUACUUCCAGAUUAGAGAUUUUGUCUUGGCCUGUCCUGAGUGUCAGAGCACACGCACCAGGAAAACAGAGGGCCAUGGUGGUAGAGGAUGUGUCACUAAGACGAUGGCGUCACACAGCGCUGACAUGCUGAGCAAGCUGAGGAGUCAGCGGGAGGCGGGACUGUUCUGUGACAUUACCCUGCGGACAAACGGGCGAUCCUAUUCGGCUCACAGAGCAGUCCUGGCAGCGGUCAGCGAUCACUUCCAGGAAAUCUUCACGGACAUUGACGCAAGCUCAAAAGCAGACAUAGAUCUCACUGGUUUUAGUGAAGAGAGCCUUCUGUCUCUGCUGGAGUUCUCCUACUCCUCCACUCUGUGUGUUCGCCAGGAGGACUUACCUGAGGUCAUCGCCAUGGCCCGCCACCUGGGCAUGUGGCCCGCAGUUGAGGCCUGCUCUGCUCUCAUGAAAGAGCAGGAACAGAAACUCCAUCCUGGCAAAGGAUUUAGCCCCACCUGUCAGCACCUGCAGAGGGAAAGCAGAAGGAGAGGAGUUUAUAAAUUUGAGGCAAAUAUGGAUAGCAGCUUCAGUCUUACUCUGGAGGCAUCCGAUGACUCUUUUGAUGGAAGCCCAAGGCGCAAUUUGCGAAGGACACCUAAAAAAGCCCAAAGCCAUAAUGGUCUCCCUCUGAGUCCCACACACAGGAUGAAGCUCAUGGACUUUAAGUCUCCCUCUUCUAAAAAAGCCACAACACCUCGACACGCCAUAAACUCCCUGCAGUCUCAUAACUACUCACCCGUAUCACCCUCAAACACCCGUCUCCUUCGCUCCACCCCUGGAGCCGCCAAGGAGGUCCAGAGAUUGCUACCAAAGCCAGAAACCCCUCGCCGAAACAAAAAGCCUCACCCAAUCAGCCGGCUGUCGUGCCCGUCCAGGUUGAGGCCGGGUACUGCAUGCAGCCCUGUGAGGGUGAAGCAGGAGGUAGAAGAUGUUGGAGAGGAUGAAGAGGAUUAUGCAAGGGCACAGGAGAAAUACAAGCUAAUGAAUGUUCUUGGGCUACAAAGAACCGCCCUCCUUCCUCGACCAGAAGAUCUUAUCGGGUGGAGGCAAAAGAAACGACUGAGGAAGCUGAAGGCUAAUAACUAUUCCCUCACCAAGAGGCGGAAACCUCGCUCCACCUCACCAGGUUUGACAUACGGGGAUGUGACACUGUCCCUUCCCCUCUGUAACCCUGUUAACUCCCGCCUCCUUAGCAAGUCAGGAAAAUCCAAGCCUGGGGGUCUAGUCACCGCAGACCUGAUGACAGCAAAGAGGCCAAAGAGUGUCCCCCGACAUGUCCCUCCGAGUGACAGGAGCAUGCGAAGUAAAGGUGUGUUACCUGACAUGUUUCUGCCAGUGUCGAGGCCGCCUAUGGGUGGUAGGGAGCUUAGACGGUCAGUGAGGAAAGGCGAUGGUGCUCGCCUUCCUUCCCAGCAGCCCCUUCGAUGCAAAAACAACAAAACCAUAACCAGAAACAUCGCAAGGAUCAAACAAGAACCAGCUGACUACUCCAUCUCAGGUCUUUCAUGUCCAUCGAUCAAUCCUUGUGGCAAUGCAUCCCAAAAAUCCAUGAUCACACAAAGGAUACAGACCAGGAGUAAGGUCACCGUCGAGACAGUCAGAAUGCUGCGUUACAACAGUGGCCGACCAGCAGCCAAGGCGAAGCUACGGCGAGGCUCCGUGAAGGAGGUGAGAAAGACAAAGUGCAAGGCCAGUGAGGAGGCGGGGAAGAUGGGGAGCCUGGGACAGAGGAAGGCUUUGGACACCAGAGAGAGAGCAAAGGUUAAUGAAUCUUGUGGGCUCCAGUUUUCAGAGCAAGCACCUCCACCCUCAAUCUACAAUCACCCUCUGUACAAAGUCAUCAAAGAGGAGCCAGCAGACCCCGUGCCAGUGGGCGGACCUUUCCCCGAUCCUCCGUCACCUGACCUGGGCAAGCGCCAGAGCAAGCCCCCCAUCAAGCUGCUAGACUCGGGCUUCCUGUUCAGCUUCUGUCGGCCGGCGGGGGGAGCAAUGGCCGUGCUGAAGAAAGAGGAGGAGAGCGUGGAUAUCUGCUUAACACGCUCUGUGUCGCAAGUCGGGGAGAAAUUUGGAGCAGCAAAGGAGUCCCCACAACGGGCACUAAGGGCUAGAGCGCCCCCCACACUGACAGUCGUGAAGAAGGAGAGGGAGGAGAGGAGUGUGAACAUGAGCAAGGUGCAGCAGAGACCCAGGACAAACUCCCAGAACAACAACCAUCACAAAGCCAAGCACGUCCAUCCAAAGGCAAAACCCACCGUGCAGAAGCAACAAGCUAAGCCCCUCCCUCUGAACAGCAGGAGCUGCGUCACGAUGGAUGCAGUACGCCGGGCGAGGCUAAAGCAGCUCCGAGGGCCUUGUAGUCAGGUCCCAAAACUCCCAAAGGCAGCCCAUAGCUGCAUGCAGUGUCCGGCCUCCUACAAAGACUGCGAUGCUCUGAUCAUGCAUCGCCUCAGGCACAUCGAGGGCAAGCACUGGCCAUGUCUGCUCUGCAGUAAGACAUUCUUUCGACUUCGGAAUGUACGGAACCACAUUCGCACCCACGACCCCAAGUUGUACAAAUGCCGGAGCUGUAUCGCUGCUGGUUCCUGAGGCAACUGAAGGGUCUACCACAUCAGCAAAACUGAGGAUGAAGGCUGUCAGUGUCUGACACCAGUGGACAGGCUGAUCAAUCAGCAGCUUGUACAUAUUGCAUCCAUCACAAGCACAAGGGUCUGUGGGAAGGAAUAAUUACUCUGAUGUUAAUCAUUGCAGCUGUCAGUGAUUGGUAGUUUUAUUUUAAUAACCUAACCAAGGUUUCUGGUCCCGUCUGCAUUAAUACAGAAGGUUAAACUUGAACAUUACACUCAGGGGGCGGGGUUUGUGAUGCCACGGUAUUUAACAUCACGGUUGUGUAUAAAAUGAAAAUGUAAAGUGAUUGUUAUAACUAUUACUGCUACUUUAUUGUUAUUUUUCUAUGUAUAGGUGAAUUUUGAGUGCACUUAUAUCAUAGCUUAUGUGGUAAACCUAAGAAGUGGUGGUAAAAAUUGAAGGGGUGGAGUCCACAGCGGGAAUACUUGAAGUGAUGCAAGUGCUGGAGGGAAUACUUGAAGUCAGGGGGGUUCCUAGGAGAGAGACGGUCCUUUGGUUGUCAGUGGAUUUUUUUUUUGUCCUUUUGGUGUGCUAACUUUUAAAUGACCUAAAUAGCCUCCCUCCUUUUGUGAACUGCUAGUCUCUCAAAGUCCUUGAGUCUGUUAUCGACUCUGUUAUGGUGACACCACUGCAUGUGCAUUUGCAGGCUGUUUGUAGUGCACUGUCUUUUCUAAGUCUGCCUAUUUUAAAAAGGGAACCGUGUCUUGUUCUUAAUGUGAAUUUUUGAACAGUAAUCAACCCAGCUGUGUCAUUACAGAUGUUUGAUUGAUUUCUUCUUCCACUUUAAUCCAAGACACAAAAUUGAAAUUCCCCUUCUACUGAAUAGAUGCAAUGUGUUCACAGAAAGAGAUGCUUAUAUUUCACAAAUUGAUUUUAGAAAUAAACAAGCCGUCUCUUGCUAUCUGUAAAAAGACUGAAUAAAUUUUUGCUUUUCAUA